AUGUAUCGAAAACCUUCAUGGGCGACAACUGAAUGUGUGCAGAUAAACGGACAAACGAUACAAAAAGUGAAUAAUACUGAAAAGAGCCAUGUCAGUGCAGAGUGUUCCAAUGACGAACCACCAAAUCACAAUGGUGCUUUUAGAAGAGAAAAGAGUGCUGAAGAUUACAGUUGCUCAAACGAUUCUUCGUCAAGUGAAGACGACCAACUAACAGAUGAUGACUCUCAGUUUUCCGGUUCCAGCCAAUUUUCUGCGGGAGAAAGUUUCCAUUCCGGAAAGAAAGAUUGCCCGACUAUGAAAUCUCCGGACCAACAAUUAAAAAAUGCCGAAAAAAAAGCGGACAAAUUUCUUGCUCAAGGCGAGAGUGACAAAGCAAUCAAUGAAUUGACACGCGCCAUGGCUCUGACCAGAAUUGUUUACGGUGACCAACACUGGAGACUCGCAGCCAGUUAUGUGCACUUGGCCGAAGCGUACAUGGAACACAAAGCGUAUUAUGCUCAAGCCGAGUAUCACGCCGAGCGGGCACGGGCGAUGAUGUCAUCAAUUGGAAGUAAUUUCCAAGAGUCUGAACGGGAGAAGAUGCAACUUUAUAGCAUUCUUCUAAAAAUGCAUUAUAUUCUUGGAGUUUCCAACACUGCCAUGAAGAAAUAUCUGGCGAGUGAAAAAGAUCUCAGCAGAGCACAGAGACUUUUAGACGAGAUGGGUGAAUUGCCUUCUUACAGCGAUGUCGACCAGGAUUUAUGGGAAAUAAAACUGAAUUUAGCUUCGGCAAGGGUUUCCCUUUCAGUCUCACCGUAUAAAUUGUAUUUUAUGCUUUCUAAAUCUAUCUAUCUAUCUAUCUAUCUAUCUAUCUAUCUAUCUAUCUAUCUAUCUAUCUAUCUGUCCAUAUCUAAGUAUGUUCUAUCUAUCUAUCUAUCUAUCUAUCUAUCUAUCUAUCUAUCUAUCUUUCAUAUCUGUUCUAUCUAUCUAUCUAUCUAUCUAUCUAUCUAUCUAUCUAUCAUAGUCUGUUCAUAUAUAUGUCUGUUCAUAUCUAUCUAUCUAUCUAUCUAUCUAUCUAUCUAUGUGUUCAUAUCUAAGUCUGUUCUAUCUAUCUAUCUAUCUAUCUAUCUAUCUAUCUAUCUAUCUAUCUAUCUAUCUAUCAUAGUCUGUUCAUAUAUAUGUCUGUUUCAUAUCUAUCUAUCUAUCUAUCUAUCUAUCUAUCUAUCUAUCUAUCUAUCUAUCUGUUCAUAUCUAAGUCUGUUCUAUCUAUCUAUCUAUCUAUCUAUCUAUCUAUCUAUCUAUCUAUCUAUCUUUCAUAGUCUGUUCAUAUCUAUCUAUCUAUCUAUCUAUCUAUCUAUCUAUCUAUCUAUCAUAGUCUGUUCAUAUGUAUAUAUGUUCAUAUCUAUCUAUCUAUCUAUCUAUCUACCCCCUCACACACACACAUAUUAG